AUGGCGGACGAAAUACCAUUGUUUUUUCCACUCGAUAGUAAUGACGACGAGUUAGCUUCAACUGAUAGUACCAUAAUUUUUUUUUCCAAAAUCUCAUCGAGCAAGCCGAACUACAAGACGCGGGCACAUCUAUCAAAAAAACGAUAUGUUCGUCGUGAUCAUGAGAGUGGCCACGAAACCCUUAUGGCGGAUUAUUUUGUCGAGGACCCGAAAUACAACGAUGAUAUUUUUCGUCAUAGGUUCCGUAUGUCAAAACGUUUGUUUUUAAAAAUUGUGAGUGAAGUGGAAGCGAAUAACCCGUGGUUUGAAGAGGGCGUGAGUGCGAGAAUGAAUAAGGGUUUUACACCGUUGCAAAAGCUUACAUCGGCGAUUAAGCAACUUGCAACCGGUAACCCUCUAGACGAGAACGACGAGUAUUUACAUAUGGCCGAAAGGACUUCCCGCGAGUGUCUAGAAUAUUUUUGCCAAACGGUAUGUAAAAUAUACGCUCCCGAGUUCUUACGUAGACCAACAAGCUACGACAUGGCGCUUUUGUACCAAACUCAUGAGAAGAAAAAUCAUCUUCGUGGUAUGGUCGGUAGUCUUGAUUGCACCCAUUUCGUUUGGAGAAUGUGUCCCACACAGUUUCAGGACCAAUAUAUGAGUGGAGAUCACCAAUACCCGACAAUUAUGUGGGUGUUUGGGAUUCCUUAUUUUACCAACUUAUUAACUUAUUCAUUUCUUGAAAAGGUAAAAAAGGACUUUUAG